GUUGACAAGGACGAAGUGCUCACACUCAUGUUUAUAAGUAAAAAAUAGCGAUCACCUCGGAAUGAAAUAUGAAUUUAUUUUCAUUUUUUUGUAAAGGCUCGCGCCGUGUUCUUUCGAGUACAUAGUGUACAUAAAAUAACAGGUCGUAUCAUCCCCAUACUUUUUUUAAAUAAAAAAAAAGAUUAAUCAACGAGAUGUUUCUCUAAAUUGACCAUAUUCGUUGCCUGAAUGUAAAUGCAAUUACUCAAUGUCGCUCUUUUAUUACGUCGGAUGCGACGCGGCGAAACACGUGUAGCUUGAUCUCCUUUUACAGACUUACCCCCUCCAAAUCAAAUUAUCCGAUUUAUUGCAGUUUUUGAUUCUUUUCCACCCAUGGAUGACAUACCUGCGGACGUGAAGGCUUUCCUACUCACCCACCCUUUUUUCGAGUUGACUGAUAACAAAAAGGUAAAGUGCACACUCAACGGCCAUGAACUCCCGUUCAAACUAGAGGAGCUGCAGAACUUCACUAAAGCGAAAACGUAUCAGAAACUGAGCUCCCAAGCUGAGUUUAACUACAGCCAGUAUGAACCGCACAUUGUGCCAAGCUCAAAACAACCUAAUCAGCUCUUCUGUAAGUUGACUCUCAGACACCUCAACAGGCAGCCGCACCAUGUACUGAAACAUGUCAACGGGAAGCGCUUCAAGAAGGCCCUCAUCAAAUAUGAAGAAUGUCUGAAGCAGGGAGUUGAGUUCAUUCCAAUAAGACUCCAGCAAAAACGGCCAAAAGAGACGAGCGCUGAAGUCCCCCGCGGCAGGAAGUCCAAACAUGGCAAUGGUACAUGGGAGCCAACCUCUAGCGACAAUGAAGACCGCAGCGACUCAGAAGACAGCUUGAGUGACCUCUACCCCUCAUCCAUUUUCACUUUGAAGGGAUCUGCCGAGAAGGACAUGGAGUCGGAACAGUACAAAGAUGACGAUGACUUCCAAACAGAUGAGGAGGAUGAUAUGGAGGUGGACACGAUAGCAGUACAGAAACGUAAAAAGGGCCAGGGUGGUGGUGGCGGCCCUCAGAAGAAAUUAAAAAACAACAGGAAAGGCCGUAACAAGAAAUCUGUGAAAGUGUGGAAUCGAAAGUAAAUCAUAAAUAAAUAUAUUUUCAUUCCUCAUCCUUUAUUGGGUGCAGUAGAUAAAGUUUUGACACAAUAACACAUCCCUAACAUAGUUAAUGUAUUCAUGUGAAAGACAGUCUCUUCCGAGUUAUGAUUGUUCCACAGAUUUUUUUACACAUGAAAAUGUUUCUGGUUUUCAGUCAAAAGGACUAUCGAAAUAGUCCAUGAAAUGUUGCUAGCAAAUAUACUGCAAUGUAAAUGUAUGUUUUCAAGACAAAACUACACUAUAUCAGGGUUUAGAGUUGUCUAUCUGUAUUAAAUGUGUAUAUAAUAAAGAUGGAAAAUUA